ACCCCUCCAUUAAUUUUCUUCGAAGUGCCGUGAUCAGCUUAGUCUCCUUCUCUCUCUAAAACCAUUACAAACACUCUUAUCUCUCCCUCAAUCUUUAUCCACUUCUUGCAUUUGUUGGAGAAAAAUGAAGGAGAAUAAGGGAAACCCAUUACAUUUAUCAUCUUUGAAUCAUAUUUCUCUGGUGUGUAAAUCGGUCGAGGAAUCUACAGAUUUUUAUGAAAACAUUCUUGGAUUUGUUCCUGUUAGGAGGCCUGGAUCAUUGAAAUUUGAUGGAUCAUGGCUAUUUGGCCAUGGAAUAGGGAUCCAUUUAUUGCAAUCUGAAGAUCCAGAAAGUUUUCCGAAGAAAACUGUCAUUAAUCCAAAGGAUAAUCACAUUUCUUUCCAGGUGGUAUAUUCCCUCAUUUAUAUUGAAUCGUUGUUCUAUACAUAUUAAAGAUCUUGGACACCACGUUUUUUUACACAGUAUACGACGUGAGCUUAGGUAAUAGUGUCUAAUACUACAUCACGAGUGGAUGAUUUGUUGAGUCUUAAUCUCGUCCUAUUUAGUGUAUCGAGCAUACCUUGUUAAGUUAACGGUUCCAUAUUAAAUUAUCAACCUAAUUAAGAGAAAUAGCUCAAGUUAUUAUAUGUUGUUUAUUACUCAGAAUAUUUUAUCCAAUCCUAUAAGACCGUGUCUUGUUUGAGACGUUUUUGAGAUUUAAAUGGAUCAAUUUGCUCGCUUUAAGCUUAAUCGAUUUUGAUAUAAUAUGAAGACUUGAAGUUUCAUACUAAACUUAUUUGAUUUAGUUAAAAGUUGAAAGAAUUUUAUCUCAAAAUGAAUAGUUAAUUUUAAGCACAAGUUUUUAUUAGAUCUACAACUUUUAUGAACUUUUCAAUCAUAAUUUUCAUCCUUUUUAAUCAAAAUUUACUAAAGAUUUGAUCUUUAGAAAACCAAGGAGGCUAAAAGGUGAACCUUGUUAUGAGUAGCUUAUGUCCUUAUAUUAUUUAUUAUUUUGAUGUUUAG